GGAACAUCUGAUGUAAAAGAGAAAAGGAGCAAAACCGGACUUCAUCUCUUGCUUGUACCUGACUCUUUAGACUAAGUCUGCCUAAAGAUUGGGGUGCAGAAAAACUCAAGAGAAGCAACCAGUCUUUCUGGCUGAAGAAAAAAGAAUUUAAACAAUUCUACAUCAAGUGAACUGUUAGAAUUCCAAGGUCCAGUUUCUCUCAGCAUGAAGAGAAUAACAGAUGUUGCAGUGGCCUUUGUUUUGCUGCUGACUUGUAUAUAUGCUACUAAAGUAACUACAAAGAGGAACAGGAAGUCCAAACAAUCUGUUCCACAGAUUGAGUGUGCCAUCAAAGCUGCAAAGAUCAUCAACCCAGAAUUUAUUGCUAAGUGUCCCUUGGGAUGUCAGGAUGUUAAAUAUCGGGUUUAUGGCACUGAUAUCUAUGCCUCUUUUUCCAGUGUUUGUGCUGCUGCUAUUCACAGUGGAAUUAUUGACAACUCUGGAGGAAAAAUCUUAGUUCAAAAAGUUGCUGGUCAGUCUGGGUACAAGGGUAGUUUUUCUAAUGGAAUCCGCUCACUUUCAUUACCACGAUGGAGGGAAUCCUUCAUACUUUCAGAAGGCAAGCCCAAAAGAGGUGUGCAGUACCCAUCAAUUCUGACCUAUUCGUCUUCUGAAAGCACAGUCACUAAAGGAAAUUCAUUACGGAAAGGAUCUCAGACAUCUGCUGCUCCAUUACCAGCUACACAUGGUGCCACUCGCACAUUCAAACCCUUUACGACCACAACCGGAUUUGUCAGCACAACUCCAAAGACAACCACCACUUCAACCACCAUUGCACCGAUGACCUUCACCAAAGUGACAACUGUUACAGUGGCAAAGCCUCUCAUUGCAGUGCACAAGGUCAGGGAUCUGGGCUCUAGUAAUGUCCAUCCAGUUUAUUCAGCGGUGGCAGCAGCAUCAUUAUCAAGGCAAGUUCAAGCUGCGCAAGGAAGAACUCAAAAUCAAGCUACUGAAACAGAUGCAUGGAAGUCUGGAUCAAGCCUUUUGGACCCAGGUUUCAACUCCAAGGAAGACAUAGUCCCAAAGACUUUGAAGCCAGUUUCCCAGGGAAAUCCAAAUUGCAAAGUUGACUUAGCCUUCUUGAUGGAUGGCAGCUGGAGCAUCGGCAGGCGCCGUUUUCAGAUCCAGAAACAGUUCCUCAAGGAUGUAUCUCAAGCUUUGGAUGUUGGCCCAAUAGGGCCUCUCAUGGGCAUUGUUCAGUAUGGCGAUGAUCCUUCUACUGAAUUUAACUUGAAGGCCAAUGCAAAUACCAAGGACUUAAAAAAUGCCAUUGAGAAAAUAUCCCAAAAAGGAGGCUUAUCUAAUAUUGGAAAAGCUUUGUCCUUUAUUAACAAAAACUACUUUGAAGAUGCCAACGGCAACCGAGGAAGUGCCCCCAAUGUGGCUGUAGUGUUGGUGGAUGGAUGGCCCACCGAUAAGGUAGAAGAAGCCUCCAGGCUGGCACGGGAGUCUGGCAUUAACAUUUUCUUUGUCACCAUUGAAGGACCCGAUGAAAAUGAAAAGAAAAAUGUCAUUGAGACAAACUUUGUGGACAAGGCUGUAUGCAGGACCAAUGGAUACUAUUCUAUUCAUGUCACCAGUUGGUUUACCUUGUACAAAGUAGUGCAGCCUUUAGUGAAACGAGUCUGUGAUGUUGACCGUCUGGCUUGCAGCAAAACCUGCCUAAAUUCAGCCGACAUUGGGUUUGUCAUUGACGGAUCUAGCAGCGUUGGCACAGGCAACUUCCGCACCAUUCUGCAAUUUGUAGCCAAUAUUAGCAAAGAGUUUGAGAUUUCUGAUACAGAUACCCGGAUUGGAGCUGUGCAGUACACUUAUGAACAAAGGCUGGAAUUUGACUUUAACAAGCACAGCACUAAGCAGGAGGUGCUAAAUGCUAUCAAGAGAAUCAACUAUUGGAGUGGAGGAACCAGCACUGGAGCAGCCAUCAACUUCGCCUUUGAGCAGCUCUUCAGCAAAUCCAAACCCAACAAGCGGAAAAUCAUGAUUUUGAUUACAGAUGGCAGAUCGUACGAUGAUGUCAGGGGACCAGCUUUAGCAGCACACCAAAAUGGUGUAAUAGCUUACUCAAUAGGAAUCGCAUGGGCUGCCCAAGAUGAACUGGAAGCUGUGGCAACUGACCCUGAUAAGGAACAUUCAUUCUUUGUGGAUGAAUUUGACAGACUCUAUAGAUUUGUUCCUAAGAUCGUUCAGAAUAUUUGUACAGAGUUUAAUUCACAGCCACGGAACUGAUUGCAUCCAGCUACAAGGGUUGCAUCACUGAAAUUGCCUCCGAUAUAUCAGGCAAUGCCAGAUGAGAAAUUUUACCUAAAGGAUAAUUUCAGAUCUGCUCUCCAAGCAUAACCAUAAUGGAAGCUAUAAAGUGAUGCUUCCCCUCACCUCACACCUCACUUUACUUGUUUCCAAACUGACCUGAUAACAAACUGGCCAAUAGCAGUUUAUUUAUUUAAAAUUAUCCGGCCGAGUCAAUGAAUUUAACUUCUCAGUAUAACAGCCAUGGAAUAUUUCUGAGGACUUCAAAGCCACCUUUAUUUUAAUGAUGAUAGCAUUACUUUCCCAGGGUGGUGGUGAAGUCAAGAAACAGGCUGACUUAUCACUUUGGAAUAUUGUAAAGUAGUUUGGAUCCUAACCUUUAAUUACAGGUAUUGGCAGUCAUGUAAAUGAUAAGAAGCAAACAAGACACUGAUUAAAUAUAGACAGUAUGAUGAAAAAAACAUGUAUCUGUGGCCUGCUAACCAUGUACUGAAGGAAUAGUUUUCAGCAUAUUGUAUUUUUCCUUUACUAACAUUUCAUGUGCUUCAGCUGUAUAUCAGUCUGUAACAAGAGCCCAAAUUGUGAAGCAGAUAGAUAUAAAUAAGUUCACUAUCAUCAUUCUCCUUAUUACAUUCAUGAAGACAGCAUAGCCAGAAUUUUCCAUUCAUUGUCAUAUAAGUAAGGAGAGCAGCCGGCUGACUAAUCUUGACAACGGUUACAAACAUGGUACAUCCAAUCAAUCAUAAGUCUCAUUGGGAACAAUGUUUUCCUUUAAAAAAUAAAAACUCCAGCAAAUGACUAUUAGCGUUUGAAUUCUAAAACACAAUAUUUAUAAUAGAUUUUUUUUCAACCUUAGUAGACUAAAUAGAGGUUGAGCCCUAAUAGUGGUUUCCUGUGGCUUAUCUAGGAUUUCCAUACAGAGAAAAAAAUCUACAAAAGUAGCUUGAAAGUGAAAAUACUCUACAUAUAUAGAGUAUUUCGGCUGAACCAUUCUAAUCCACGUUUCUUGAUAUUGCAAAUAGUGAGACAUAUUAAACUAGACUGAUUCUAUUUCAGGAAGGUGAAAUAUAUACUUAUAUUCAUAUUUAUUUUUCCCAUUUACAAAAAGAGACAUUAAUUGUAAUUUUAUAAGUAUUUACUAAAGGUUUUUUUUUAAAGAUAACUGGCUCUUUCUAGAACCCAUAUGAAGAUGAAUUACUGUGCUACAUUAGAUAAUUUUGGUGGGGAAACCAACAAUUUCACAAGUAUAUGGUGAAGGGUCACUUGAGCACUUCUUAAUGUUUAAUGGUCAGUAAUUGUUAUCAGCUUUCUAUACUUCAUUUCUUUGUCUUCUGAAAUGUUGUUUUAGCCCAUUAUCUUUGCUUUGCUUCCCUUAGUGAAGGCAGGUGCAAAGAAUGUAUUCAGCUGAGUACUGAAGGAACUUUGUACUUUUUGUGAAAGAACCAUGAAUUUGUGAAUCUCAAUUCCAUGCCUUCCCCCUAUGAACUUAUAUAUCCAAAAGGGAGCAAAGCUCCAUCUUCUAUCUUCUAAUAGCUUUUUGUAAGAUGUGGUACUUUUUCCAAUAAAAGUUACAAAAUUGUGUUAACAUUUUUUUAAUGAAAAAGCAAAAUGUUUCAUGUUUAAUAUUCAAAAGAGGCUAUCGUGUGCACACUCUGCCUUGUUCACAUUUUUUUCCCAAGAGGAGACAAUUAAAAAAUCAUGUUUCCUUGCAUGCUUGAACAGACCCGCAGGCUUCUUAUGAAAUACUCUUAUAUUGCAUGAGAUUAUUGGUCCAUGAAGUUUUCAGCAUGGAAACAAUAUAAAUUAUGCAUGCCCUACAAAUGAACAUUUUAGUGGCUAAUUCUUAAGUGGAUAUUACUAUUGUUCUGAUGAAUUCUGAAUAAUCAGAAUUCUGUUUCAUGCUAAUAAUCCAAAUAUGGGAUGAGAUUAGUACUAAAGCAAACUAAUACUGCACUGUAUGACAACUACAUAUUCGCAGGAAUACUACAAUUCAAUUGCAGCAUAUUUCUAAAAUUAUCCUUUUAAGUAUAACAGGUGAAUAUUAGAAUAUCUCAAAGGUAUCUGAAGUGGCUCUAACCAGUCAUUAUCAAAUUAUAUCAUUUAUAGGCCUGCCACACAACAGAUCAGAAGAAAUGUUUCUCCAUUGAAGAGUUUUGUUUUAAAAAGCUUCACCAAUCAGAAGUCAGGACACCUGGCUAUAAAAACAGGUGCCUAAUUGAGCCCUGCACAGUUGCCUAUGUCCUGUAUAGCAGUCCAAAAUGUAUUUUAGAAUGAAUGCCAGCCAUAGCUGUUGGUGAUAGUCCUGUUGUGGUCACUAAAUCCUGAAACACAACACUGCCCAACACACAUUAGACAUGAAAAUCGGUAUUGAUAUAUUAUUGGAUUGAAUUGAGCUGAGCAAAACUUUUUUGGUCAAGUUUGAUUUGACAAGGAAUUUGUCUCCAGUACAGAAGCACUCAGUGUACAUGUGCAUUGAUCAUCACGUUGCUUUUCCUAGAUAUCAUGUACUAUGUAUUCUUGAAAUUAUAGACUCCAGCUAACUUGGAUGU